AUGGAAUUUACUUCAAAACCUCCAACAUCUAUACCGCCCAGAAUGUUAUCUUCACAGUUUAUUGCAAAGUUGUGCACUUUACCUUGGCCUGUUGUCAAGAUAAUACUACAAUAUUACACUGUCGGUACAGUGUAUUCCAAAACCAAUAUUGAAUUUAAACAAUCGUUGUACAAGAAUGUUUUAAUAGCUAUGGAAGCUCAUAUGGCAAUGAACCUUCAAAAGAAUGAUAUGAAGGCAGUUUGUUAUGAACCUAUUGGUAAAUUAUUGAAACGGUUCAAGAAAAAUCCCAUGUCAAAGCAAUUGAAUGCGUUUGGUGAGCAAUUUGAUGAAUGUAGUUAUUGGAUUUACAAGUCCGAGGUUCCUGUUGAAAAGACAAAUGUGGUGAUUUAUUUCCAUGGUGGUGGGUAUCUUUUGAAUAUGAUUGAUUCUCAACUUACUUUUAGUGCUGCUUUACAUUUUGCAUUGGAUGAUAAAACUGCAGCAAAAACUUCAAUCUUAAUUGUUGAUUAUUCAUUAACUAUGUUUGAUCAUAUAUAUCCUACUCAGUUGUUCGAAUGUUUGCGCACUUAUGAUAAUUUGGUCAAACUGGGGUACAGCAACAUGAUUCUAAUGGGAGAUUCUGCAGGUGCUCAUAUGUCAUUAUCAUUAGCUAGAGCAAUUGCAUAUCCAGAAGAAAUCAAACAACAGUUUGAUUAUUUUAGUGAUUUCAAAUUAAAUUUCAAUGUUGCUGAUUUACCCCAACCUAAAGCAUUGAUACUCGAUGCUCCUUGGGUCCAACCAUGCACUCCACCACUUCCUUCAAGGCACAAUGUCGACACAACUGGUGACAUUAUCGGUUAUGACAUCAAUCUCGGCAACUACCUCGUUGAAGACUUGGAUCAAAAAUUCAUCAAUAAUUUCCUUAAAUUCACAAACACCAACUGGGAAGAUCAUUGGCAAAAAGUUGACGCAAUAAACAAUGGCAAUACCAUGAUUAUCGUUGGUGAACGAGAAGUUUUACGUGAUGGUAUGGAAGAUUUUUACAAUAUAGCUAACAAGAAGGGUAAUAUUGAAUAUUAUGUUGAACCAGGUGGGAUUCAUGCGGGAAUGGUUUAUAUUGAAAGUUUAGACUAUAUGGGUAAAAGAGGAGGUAAACGAGCCAUAAAAGGUGAUUUCAAAGAUAAGUUCGGUAUUAAUUUAGUAUCGCAAUUUCUCAAGAAACGCGAUUUUGUAUAG